CGAGAAUCUUCAUGGAAUUGAUAAGAAUGGAAAUUUCCUGCAAGCUUCAAUUCUUGUCGACGACACUCUUCAUCGAUCAAUAUUACCCUCCCAAUUGAUCGUAUUCUUCCCCGCCAUCAUGUCGAGCCCAGACCUCGAGAAGGAUAUCAAACCUUACGUAUCCGAUGCGGAUUACAGCGAGGAUCCCGAAUUGCCUCCCAAUCUUCAAGCUGUAGCUCACAAAGGAUUCUUGGGUACUCUUCGACAUUAUGAGGAUCUGCUGGACAAGAAGAUUGGUGUUGAAGCUCACGGUCCCGCACGAAUGCUGCCAGAGGACCGGGAUCCAGCUUAUGGCAAAUGGAGUAGUCAAAUUGUCAUGGCUUUGAUGUGGGCAAGUGGUACAAUGAACUUGAGCUGCUUCACGACUGGAUUCCUAGGAUGGGAAUUAGGCUUGUCGUUGUCCCAAACGAUCUGGAUCACAAUUGUUGCGAGUUUCGUUGGAAGCGCUGUCACUGGCUGGUGUGCAACAAUGGGACCAUCAAUGGGUUUGAGACAGGUCAGCAUUUCUCGAUAUAGUAUGGGUUGGUGGCCUGCAAAGAUCAUUGCGUUCUUGAACGUUAUCGAACAAGUUGGCUGGUCAUCGGUUGGAUGCAUAACUGGAGGGCUGGCUCUCUCUGCUGUUUCGGAUGGCCGCAUCAACCUCGUGCUGGGUGUGGUUAUUGUUGCAGUCAUCGGAGUGAUCUUCUCGUUUGUUGGGCUUCGAGCUGUCCUGUCAUACGAAAAGUAUGCUUGGGCUGUAUUCUUCAUCAUUUUCAUGGUGAUGUACGGAGAACUGGCUCCGAGCGCUUCCCUCUCAACUCCAGCCGUCGCCACUGGCUUGACCAACACAGGUGCUUGCCUAACACUUUUCGCUGUCGUAUACGGUUCUUCGAACUCCUGGUGCUCCAUCGUCUCAGAUUACUAUUGUCAAUAUCCGGUCAACACCUCGAAAUUCAAGGUCUUCCUACACACUACAUGCGGCAUUGCGAUACCGACUUGCAUUGGAAUGAUUUUGGGUUGUUGUGUUGGAAGUACCAUGGGGAUUAAUUCGGAUUGGGCCGACGUCUACGAUGAUCAAGGAGUCGGCUUUCUUCUUCAGCAUAUCCUAUUUCCCCGCGGCUUUGCAAAAUUCCUCCUGGUCCUCUUGGUCAUGUCUGGAAUCGGUAUGAAUUGUAUUGCGAUCUAUAGUGGAGCUCUUUCGAUUCAGCAAUUCGCUCAACCACUAUCUCUUAUACCUCGCUUCGUCUGGACUUUGCUCGUAUUCGUGGCUAUCCUUCUAAUCGCCAUCGCAGGACGGAACCAUCUCUUGACCGUUCUGCAAAACUUUUUGUCACUUCUUGGAUAUUGGAACACAUCCUUCUUCGUCAUCCUAUUUACCGAGCAUUACUGGUUCCGUGAUGGUUGGAAUGGAUUCCAUAAUUACGAUCUUGCCGCUUGGAAUACUGCUUCAAAAAUGCCGAUCGGUAUUGCUGGACUGAGUGCAUUCGCUGCAGGCAUUGCUGGUGCGGUCGUGGGAAUGGACGAGACUUGGUGGGUUGGACCUAUUGCUCGCAAGAUUGGAGAUUACGGUGGAGAUGUUGGCAAUGAGCUGGCUCUUGUCUUCACUCUUGUCACCUACAUACCUGUUCGCUAUUUGGAAUUGCACUUCAUUGGUCGCUAGUGCUGCAUC